ACCUCUCCUUUCUCUUUCUCUGCUUAGCUGCACCACUUGGUGAGUGAUGAGGUCUGCCUGAAGGUGGUGGAGCUGCACCUGGGUGAGCGGAAGGCUGGUGCGGCUGGGGGGAACAUGUCUUCCCAGAGUGUGCGGGCAGCCAAGGAGACGGGCUACCAGUGGAAGGCUGAGCGCUGCAUGGCAGAUGAAAACUGCUUCAAGGUGAUGUUCCUCCAGAGGAAGGACCAGGUGAUCAUGACCAUUGAGCUGCUGGACACAGAAGAGACCCAGACAGAAGAUCCCACAGAGGUGCAGCACUUGGCUAAUUACAUGGAGCAGUUCGUGGGCGUGGAAGGAGUGCCACACAGCCAGACCGAAGGCUUCCUCCUCAAGCCGGUCUUUCUUCAGAGGAACCUGAGCAGGUUCCGGCGAUGGCAGUGCCGGCAAGUCCAGGCCCUGCGACUCAAAGCCAAGAGUUCCUGGAAGCAGCGGGUUGGAGUGGAGAGUGCCUGCAACGUGGACUGCAAGUUCCGCCUCAGCACCCAUAAGAUGCUUUUUGUCAUGAACGCCGAGGACUACAUGUACCGCCAGGGAGCCCUGGCUCGGGCCAGGCAGGCACAGCCAGCAGUCCUGCUCCGGCACCACCAGCGCUUUGAGGAGUGGCACUGCCGCUGGCUGGGAAGGCACACGACCCGGGAAGCCUUGGAACUGCUCCAAGACUGGCUGAUGGGGGAUGAUGACGAGGAUCUGGUGCCCUGCAAGACCACCUGCGAGACCCUCAGCGUCCAUGGCCUCCCCAUCAACCGCUACCACGUGCAGUACAGCCGCCAGCCCUCCUCACCCUGAGAGGUCGCCUCCCCACCCCCCACAGUACCCCACUCCUGGGCUCUGGAACAGCGACCUGGGGGGUUUCCCUGGGGCAUUUAUCCAACCAGCAUUUCUCCCUGGGGGUGUGAAGGGGGGUUCCCUCCCCCUUGCUCCCCCCCCCAGCAUGGCAUCACUGCAUUUGCCUUGGCAGGAAGGGCUCCUCCUCCUCCUCCUCCACAACUGCUGUGACCACCUCGGGUACAGGAGGGCUCUUGAGGAGAUGCUGCUACCCUUCAGACUGAAGCUCUUCAGCUUUGUGUAUGUAUGUUGCAGGGAGAUGUUUAACCAUAGAGGAGGCUGAGGAGGGGGGAGAAUUGCAGGCAAGAGCUAAGACCAUACUCUUGGAGGAAUGCAGCGGGUCCCACAGUGAAAGCCAACAGAAGCCAUUUCUCCUCAAACUCCCCCCCCCCAUGCUGAACAUAGGAUGCCAAAUUAUGGGACUUUGGGAAGUGGGAAACUUUGGGCCUUCCCUUGGCACACACUAUCCCAUGUCCUUUCUGUUUGGUUUCAUGGAAAAUAUGAGGUCAUAGUUCAUUCCAGAAUAGGGUCUCCAAUCCUCCAGCACCAGUAGAUGAGGCAGAAGAGGUUUGUUUUGCCCCCAAUUGCAUUUUUUGUGAUAACGGAGGGAGGCAGAGGUUCAGUUAAAUGUUGCUCCAAAAGUCACAAAUGUGCCAGCAAGGUCUGAUUCAUCUGAGGUCCUGGCAUGUGUCUGCAGGAGAAGGGACCCAUGUCUGCAAUAGGUUGUUGUGAGGGGGCUUACACGUUGGGGGUUGCGUGUCCAGGGUGGCUGUUCUGCUCAGCAGUGACAGCUUUACCUUGCAAAGUUUUGCCAUGGGGGAGUUCCCCUUCCCUCCUCUCUCCUCCCUUGUUAGCAUUGGUCCCAGGAAGAAGCUCCUUGUUGACAGAGGGUUGCAGCUCCAUCGCCCCCCUCCCCCAGCGGCCAAGAGAUGGGGUGCUGGAGGCCCCUAGAUCUUGAUGCCGUUAAGCCUUAGGGGGUGUGCAGCCCUCUCAGCCCCCCACUCCCCCUACAUAUCCCCAUUCUCUCUCCUCCUGCAGUCCCAAGUACGGAGAGGAGACCCCUCUCCGUGCCAAACCCAGUUGGGAACGCAGUUUCUUGGUGGUAGCUUGUGUCUUCACAUGUGCUUUGAGUUCUUGGGUAGGGUGUGUGUGGCAUUUGAGACUCCACCUGUCCUCCCUCCGCCUUUUAAACUGUACUUCAGAACAUCUUUCGACUUGUUUUGUAAGACCCAGUUAAUUUUUAAUCUGAAUGGAGAAAGCAAAGCCCGGAUGGUCUUCGCCAGGCCUGCUUGGAGCCAAUGGAAGAAGGAAUGAAUGAUUGAAGGAACGACAGGAGGGUAACUCAAGGUCUAUUUCUUUCUGCUUUUUCUGAAGGAUCUCUCGCUUCUUCUUGUUUCCUUACUGCUUGUAUUUGCUUUGCCAACUCUUUGAAUGUAGUUUUUAAUAAAAUAUUUAUUUGCACAUCAAGUAAAAUAAAAUAUUAAUUUUAAAAUGC